AUGAAAAGAACAAAAUCACACCCUGGCAAGAAUGCAACAAAGAAAACCAAAGCAAACGAUAGUACACUUUCAACACAAGACACUUCCUCCGAUUUAGAGCAAAUAAUUUUAUUCGAGGCCAAAAAGCCAAAUGAAAAACAAGCUAAGUUAAUUGCGAAACACUCUGAAAAUGCUUUAUGUAAUAGUAUUCCUCAACUUGAGAAAUAUUUAGACUUUUUGCAAAACAUUCACAACAAGGAUAUUGACAUUACAAACAAAGACUCUGUCUCUGCAACAUACAUUCUGAUGAAUCAAUUUCUCAAACAAGGAGAAAAGGUUUUUGUUGGUAUUCAAGCUGGUAAUCCAGAACGCUUGCGACAGUCAAUUUUGCAAACUUAUAGCUCGGACAAAGAUUUUUCGGAACGAAUAUGUGCUGCAGUCAAGGCUAUCAGUGUAAGCCUUUUGAAACAAAAAGGUUUAAUUGAAUCCACAUGCCCACCUGUGAGUUCAAAUCUCAAAGUUGGAGAUUUAGUUGAAAUUAUUGAAAAGGGAGAGAAUUGUUACUACAAGAUUGGUAAAGGAAGAGUUCAAUUACUCACUUCAACUAAUUGCAGUUUAAAUGACAUUAUAUUUCACGUUCCAUCCUUCGUUCAAGAUCAAAAGAAGACGAUUUUUGAUAUUUCAUGCCUUUCAUUAAUUGAAGAUCGAACCAAUCAUGCUCCUAUGAUUCAAAAUGCUUUUUCUACGGUUCAGCGAGGAUGUACUCCAGUCUCCUUAUUUUCCAUGAAUUAUGACACUGAAGUCGAUGAUGACAAAAUUGAUGACAAUGAAGUUCUCUCUAUAACUCCACCGGAAAUUUCGGAUUCAAGAACAAACUCAAAUUCAAAUGUUGAAGAGAGUGAUUUGUUCUGA